GUGAUCAAGGAAAUCAGUAUUGUGUCUGAGCAUAGCCCGUAGAUGAACGUGCUACGCAUCCCAGUUCUACUUCAGAAGCCUUGCAACAGAUUGUGGAGAAUUUCGAAAACAAGGGUGAUCAGGUGAAAGCCAAACUUUAGAUACAUAGCUUCUCGGGCGUAGUGUAUCAUACUGUAAGAAGUGUUUUGACUCAGGAUGGACGGCCCAGGGCAUGAGGAAUAUCCUAUUUAUCCUUGAUUGGCUACAGCUUUGGUCUAAACAUGAGGACUGCAGCAUCCAGGCAGCAUCAUUCUUCCUAAUUCUUCUCCGAUAUCCUUUCCACGAUACUGCGCUGCAGACUAUGAGAUUUGAUGCUUUUUUGAAUUAUUCUACGCUAUAAUGAACAACCCCAAUCGAUAUGAUUCGCCCACCGGACUUAACAUUGGUUCACCCAGGAUGAUGUCCCCUAGAACCCACAGAACUCACCGCUCCGCGCGUUCUCACCGUCUUCACCAGAAUUCCACUCAUGAUCCUAAUGAAGUUCAAGACGAGGCCCAACUUCAUACUGCGGAAAACUUGCACCAAGACAAUUCCACGUUCAAUCUUGAUCCAGAUGCACCUAUACUUGGGGCUGGAGGCGAGAGUAUACAAGAGGCUAUACGCUCUGAAGAACAGCGUAAUGAAAUGAGGAAAGAAAAGAACUUUGUGGGCGGUUUUGUAGUGGGGCUCAAGCGAGUUUUGAAACCAACUUGGAAUGAUAACAGACAGCAAUCAGAUCCAGAGGCUGCUUAUACAGGGACGCCGUAUGGAGCGGACAAUACGUACUUACCAGCGCGGGGUCCUGCAGACAUCGAAGAACAGCAUCCUCAUUCCGAAUCUUCUCGUUCCCCUUCUUCGGAAUCCCAAUUCUCACCUUCCAGUGAGACCAUGCAUGGUACCCAAGAAUUUCCGGACGAUGGUACAACUGCUAUAGACCAUCAGUCAAUGCCCAUGCCAGUGCCUAUUCCAGGUCACUAUGUCAGUCCUAUCCUUGUCGAACCUCAGCUAGCCCCAGAUUACGCUAAAAUGGGUUCAUCCGCAUCGAGCACAUCUGAAGGCUCGUUGAACUCAUAUGUUUCGCGCAUAGCCCAUUUCUUUCAACACAUAAAUGAGCUACCUUGGGUAGCAGACUCUCGUGUCACAGUGGACUAUUACCCAGGACAGUCCCCACGUCGUGCACGUUCUCGACCUCCUCACAGAAAAGUUCUAUCGUGGUACAACCGACAUGCGUUUCCACCUGGUCAAAACGCAGAACCUUUGGAUUUGGAUGCUGGAUCGUCGCCGUCGCCAGUUUUAGGACAGGUUGUGCAAAUGAUUGAGGCUCAACCUUCGGUGAUUACGAAAGAACCUACUAAGGAUGCAAUUCAGCCUUUGAUUCUACCCACUGUUCCUGUUCCAGAAUCUCAGAUUGAAUCCGGUCCUACAUAUUUUGCCGAGCUCAUUUCUCCCCUGCCCCCUCGUUCAGACACACAACAAUCUGCACGCACUGGGAGGUCGAUCGUUUACUCUGUCGUAAACCCCUCCGCUCCGUCUACUUCUACGACAACAACAACAACUUCUUCUCCCCUCACCGAGCCCCCGCGCCAUCUGGGAAUUGACACCAUGACCGCUUUGGCACAAAGCAUUACUGGUUAUACGCCGUAUCAACCUGUUGCACCUCAGUAUGGCCGCCCCAUUCAUGAACCUUUAGCUCAGGUUCCAGUGGCAUCUUCUGUGAUUUCUACGGGUGAUAUUCGCGAAGUACCUCCUGCUCAUACUAGAACCGGCACACCUGCACAGUCCAUGUAUCCGUACCCGUUGUAUGCGCCCCCUACCACUUAGUAUUUGAUUCUACAUCUACGCACGCCUCUGUUGCUACCACGUAAUCAAGGCCUGUACGGUGUGACAUUUUUUCGUUUACUUUACUUUCCUGUACGCAAGAAUGUAAGCCAAAAGGAUUAGGGAAUGGAUUUUGAAUUAGAAUAAUAAUUAAACUUGAACGGG